GCGCAGGACCCGCGGCGCCGCCACUGCGCAGCCGCCCGCGCGGCCCGGGAUUCACGGCGGCGCAGGGCCCGCGGCCCGCACCCUCCUGCCGCCGCCGUCCCGGCGCGCCGGCCUGGCCAUGGCGCUCAGCAAUUUCCUCCUCGCGCAGUGCGCCUGCUACUCCCUGGCCUUUCUGCUCGGCUUCGCGGUGGUGGUGCCGCUGUCCGAGCACGGCCGCGACUUCCGCGGCCGCUGCCUGCUCUUCACCGAGGGCAUGUGGCUGAGCGCCAACCUGACGGUGCGGGGCCGCGAGCGCUUCACGGUGCAGGAGUGGGGCCCGCCGGCCGCCUGCCGCUCCGGCCUGCUCGCCGGCCUCCUCUCGCUGCUGCUCGCCGCCGCGCACGCCUGGCGCGCGCUCCUCCUCCUCUGCAGGGGGCGCGAGGGGUCCUUCCUCUACGCGUUCCUGAACCUCCUGGUCAGUGCCCUUGUGGUCUUCCUCGUCUUCAUUGCCAGCACAAUUGUGAGCGUGGGCUUCACCAUGUGGUGUGACGCUGUCACCGAGAAGGGCACAGUGCCCCACAGCUGCAAAGAGCUCCAGGACAUCGACUUGGAGCUGAACGUGGACAGCUCUGCCUUCUAUGAUCAGUUUGUGAUCGCCCAGUUCGGCCUCUGGGCCUCGUGGCUGGCCUGGCUGGCCAUCACCAUCCUGGCUUUCCUGAAAGUCUACCACAACUACCGCCAGGAGGACCUGCUCGAAAGCCUGACCCACGAGAAGGAGCUGCUGCUGGCCAGGCCUGGCCCCCGCGCCGCCUCCCGGGAGGAGAAGAGCGCCGUCAUCUAGGCGCAGCUCGGGCCCCGCGCGCCCCCUCCUUCCCCAGGGGCACAGGGCCUGUCUUGGGGGAGUGUCUGGGGGCCCCGCUCAGGCCCCACGCCUUGCAUGUCCCCCCUCGGCCCGUGUAAAGGGAGUGAUCCUGCUCACGCAAGCGCCCCUAUCCCACCGUGAGCGUGGCAGCUGGCUGGGCUGCCCUGGCCUCCAGGCUUCAAGCAGGGGCAGCAUGCCUGGCCGGGUGAGCCAGGCCCAGGGGUGUCCAGCCUCUUGGUCCCCUCGGGCCGUCAGGCUGCUGCGGUCCGUGCCUCUGCUGGACCCUCAGGUGUGAUUCCAUGACAGCAGCCUGUGUACCCAGUGUGGCCUAACUAGCCCACAACGGCCACACAUCACUGUUGUCACUGUUGUCACAAGAACCCAAAACCUGGGGCCAAGGGGCUGAGUGUGGGAAGGAGUUUAUACGUGUUCCCCAACUUCUGGCCCCUGCGGCGGCCCCAGGGCUAAGUCCUCCUCUGUUUCCGCUCUGUGGCCCUGUGUGGCCAGGCUUCGUGUUGGCCUGGAGUCGGGUGGGGGUUGUGGGUGUCCUGGGAAGUGGCGCGGCUUGGGACUGGGAGCCUGAGCUGUGGCCUCCUCCGUUCUCUGUCACAGGCGUUGCCUGGGGAGCCCUGUGUGGCCUGGCCUGUGAGGACCCUGGGCCCCAGCAUGAGUCUCAGUGCCUGGGGGCUGGGCCUGUGCUGUUGGGGGAGGUGUGGACAUGGGUCAGGGGCACUACCGCGUAGGGAGGGAGGGAUGGGGCCAGAUGUUACCACAGGUGUCUGUGCGUGUAUUAGUGCACACGUGGUAGGAGCCUGCCCUCGGGAGUGUACACAGGGAGCGGUGGGCUGAGACCCAGUGGGUGAGGACACGCCCCGACCCCCAGGGGGCUGCCUCCCCGUCUGACGGGGCCCACGGCACUAGCUCUAGGGGCAUGGCCCACGUACACAGCAGCAGGUGGAGAGUGUGGAGCCUGGACCCUGGAGCUCAGUGACCCCACUCCUCUCAGGGUUCCCUGGCUUCCAAUUCUGCCUCUGUCCAGGGGUGGGGUCCCCGAAUUGUAAGAGCACACCCCACCACUCUCCCCUCUCCCCCAGGGGUUCAAUAAGCAAUCCUGGUUUCCUGGGCCGGCCCUCAUGUCAAGAGUUCACCCCUGCUGCUGCUCUCCCCACUCAAGGCAGAGAGCCCCCGACUCCCCACAUCUGUGGCUGGUUUGGUCUCCCAGAUGGUGGGGCGUGGGGCCUCCAGAGGCCAUGGAUCCGGCCUGGGUGGAGGUGCCUGUAGAAGUGGACAGCCUGGGCAGGGAAGCCAGGCUGGCAGGUCGCUUGUAAGGAUGCACCUGUCCAGGGGCGGUGGGAUCCAGGAGGGCACGGCUUCUCCCACCUCAGAGGCGCUCUGGCCUCAGGCCCCAGCUGAGGGUUCUGGGCAGAAUAGCAGGUCCCUGGGGGAGGUGUUUGGACAGACCCUGCGGCUCCCAAGCAGGUCGGGUGUUGCUGCAGCCCUGAAUGCCAGCCCGAGUCCACCAGCCUUGGGGACCAUUUCCAGCCCUGAGAACCUGUCGGCCCCUAGCAGCCACCAGGCCCUGCAGGGGAGAAGGGGCAGGGCGUGGGCUUCUGGAGUCUUAGGGCCACCUUGGGUUUGGGCCUGCCCUUGGCAGCUGCCCCUCAUCGAUUACAUGGAGCUGGUCUGGGCACUUGGCCAGGCUGACAGAGACCUGCGUCCGCUUACCUACAGGUGUCACCUGCAGAGUCCGGUGGUCGCUGGCAGGCCUGACUCAGGCACCCAGCACCCCAGGCCUCCAUGUCAUGUCUUGGGGGCUUCCAGGGAAAGAGCAGCCGGCCCGGGAGGGCUUCUGAGGCGGGAGCUGUGUGCCCUUGCUGUGGGCUAGGAGGACCCCCGGAGCCGGCCAGGGAGGCAGGCGGGCAGGCCGUGCCACGGGGGCUCCCGAGCUGGGAGCGGCCUGGACAGGACUGGCUUCUCCGUGCCUCCCUCCCCCAGCCACUGUGUGAUCGCAGGCGUCUCUGUUCCAUUCCACUGGCUAAGCUGGAAAGUUGUCUUAAAUGUAUCUAUUACUCAAAGUCAAAAUAAAAACAGAAGUACCUGAGCU